UGCUCACUUUAAAAUAAAACUACGUCUACGACAUGAACGAUGGCCGUCUCCAACUUGGAAACCAGCAAACCUCGUCGAAUCAAAGCCCUAUUAUCUUCAUUUCUCAAGGGAAUUUCUCGUGAAGAAAAAAAAGAAAGUGAGAACAAGCGAGUGAUUUUUGAGUCUCUGGAUACAGAAGGAUUUGCGGAUGGAUUUGUGGUGGUUGACGAAGUCUCUAGUGAACAAACCAGCACCGUGCAGCCUUUGAAUCAAGAACUUUUCUUCAAUAGGGUGGAAACAUUUUCUAUUUCAUCAUGGUUUGCUAAACCAGAUGAAGUUUGUCCUCUUCGCUGUGCUCAGUAUGGCUGGGAGAACAUUGAUGUGGACUCGCUGAAGUGUGUCAGUUGCAAGGAAGUACUCUAUGGUGGGCUACCCCCAAAGUGGGAAACAGACUUGUAUGAAAGUGCUUGUAAGAAGUUGGAAGAUUCAUUGAAGACUGGUCACAGUAAGAUUUGUCCUUGGCAGAGCAAUCCUUCACCAGCUUCAUUUCUUGAGGUGAAUUUAGUGAGCAGUCAGAAUGCAGUGAAUGAUUUUCUUCACAGAGUAGCAUCCAUCAGAUGUUUUGGAACCUCUGUUCCUGCUGUUGAUUUAUCAUGUCUCCAACAGGUUGGGGAGAAUGAAGACACAUUAUCUAGGAUUGUAUCAGGGGUUUUAGAGGAAGAGCCAUCGUGUGAUUAUAAAGAGAGGAUAGAGUCUGCCUGUUUCAUGGCUGCAUGUGGCUGGUCUCGGAGUUCUCCUGAAGGCUCCCAAAGCCCAACAAUGUCAUGCCAAUACUGUAGGCGGAAUGUUGGUCUCUGGAAUUUUACACCUUCUGAACAGAAUGCAAAGACAGUGACAGAAGAUGAUUCAGAACCCACUGCAAAGAGAUUAAAGGUUGACAAGGGACUGUUCAAUCCUAUAGAAGAGCAUAGGAGCUGGUGUCCAUGGAUCAAACCAACAUCUUCCACCCAAAAAGUCAAGUCAUUACCUCAAGAUAAGAGCCAGGAUGAUGAGAGACCAGUCAGACCAGCAUGGCAUGAACUUCUUGUCUUGUUGCGUCAAAGAUCAAGUCCUGACAAACAAGGACUCCUCACCAAUAAACAAGUGACACCACCCAGCCAAGCAUGGAAAGCAGUAAGGAGAAUAACAAACUUCUGGCAGAGUCGGAAUGCUGUCAAUAAGACUUAAAUUUAUAUUCAAACUAAACUACUUUAUGACUUAUGUACAAUGAUGGAGCUAUUCAUGGAUCUUUUAUUGGAAUCCAAAAUUUAAGGACGAAAUAAUUACAUAUGGCCUGAAACAGUAUAUUUUCCCAAAUAAUUUGAUACCAUAUUUAUGUGGUAUGUCUUAACGCUUGGAUGGCCAAGGGGUAUUCUUUGCAAUGAUGUAUAUUUUGAUUUGUGCCAAAGUAUGAAAGGCAUUACUGCAAUGAAUGAAUUCUGAUGUCAAUGAUGUCAUAUUCCUAUAAGGGUUGCAAUAAAGUACAUUGCAAAUCACCUUUUCAAUGUUUAACAUUAGAAUUGUUUAAUAAACACUUUUUAGUGUCAAUUCUCAUGUUAAUUUUAUUGAAAACGGAUUUGCAUGACGAAAAACCUCCAUUUGAGAACACUAUACCCCAGUUUUUCUCAAUCAAUUCUCUUCUCCAAGUACGACAAACCCUACUGCCCCAAGCAAGCAAUGUAAGUAUCAAAACACCUGUUUCUUGACCUCGGUCCGAAGAUAACACAACAGCCCGAGCGCGGUCCCGGCAAAGCAUGCCGCCAUUUUUUAUUCACUUACUUUCCUUAUUUCGAGGUUGAUUUUCUUCGUUCGAAAUUGAAAAUGGACUAUUAUUGAAUUUCUGAAUACAAUAUGCCUUUGAAAACGUGAUUGAAUAUCGAAUACAAUAAUUUCAUUCCGAAGGUCCUUCUACAGGCAAAGAAGUCUUACGUAAUAGCACACAGCUGUUGUUUAUCAUUUCGUCCUUGGCUCAACGCUCAUAAUCUGGCCUGUGGAGGUGAAAUUGAGACAGUGGGUAUUACCUGGCCAAGCGGGGGUGAUCGGGCGGGUGUUUCAUAAAGCUGUUCGUAAGUUAAGAGUGGUGAUCGUGUCUUGCGGUAAAUGGUACACACCAUUGGCGAUGAUCACCAGUCGUUCUUAAAGUCGCUCUUAACUUACGAACAGCUUUAUGAAAUGGCCCCCAGGGCUUGGAAAUGAUUUUUUAGAUUUCAAACACAAAUUGGGGUCUAAUAUCGCAGUUUGCAAUCUGAACUGCGGUCUUUCUCCAAACAGGGGGUUGACGUAAUGGCAAAUAUGUUUACUAACUCAUGUAGGAUUUUGACAACAUUGGCAUCUAGAUUCAUUCAUUGCAGUCAUGCCUUACUUUGGCGCAAAUCAGAAUUUACAUCACUGCAAAGAAUACCUUCUGAUUAUCCAAGCGUGAAGACGUACCACAUAAAUGUGGUAUUAGAUUAUUUGGGAGAAAAUACUCUUUCCAGCCAUAUAUAAUGAUGAUGCGUUCAUGACAUAUUCGUUCCUUAAAUUGGGGAUUUGUGAGGUGUCAUGAUGUAUUAAACAAGAUUUACACACAUGAAUAUUUCUGGUACACUCCUACAUAAGAUGUCUGUUUAGAAUACUUUAAGAAUCAGAAUGAGAUAAUAAUUUCAAUGUUUGUACAUCGAUAAACCUUCAUAUAUCUACAAAGAACAUUUACCAGAGAAGGGGAUAUUGGAUAAGGGAGCAAUAAUGAGACGAUUGCUUACAGGCCAAGUCCAACCCAAAAAAAGUUGAUUUGAUAAAAUAGAGAAAAAUCAACAAGCACAACACUGAAAAUUUCAUCAAAAUCGGAUGUAAAAUAAGAAAGUUAUGACAUUUUUAAGUUUCGCUUAAUUUCACAAAAUAGUUAUAUGCACAUACCGGUCAGUAUGCAAAUGAGGGAACUGAUGACAUCACUCACUCACUAUUUCUUUUGUAUUUUAUUAUAUGAAAUAUGAAAUAUUUAAUUUUCUCCCUAUUGUCCUGUGAAACAAAGUUUUAUUUCGCCCUGAACACGUGAAAUUACCAUUGUUUAACAUUUUAUGGUUCUGUCAAGUUGGUCCUUAUUGUCAAAUCUGUAAAAAUUGAAAUAUUGUAUAAUUCAAACAAUAAAAAACAAAAGAAAUAGUGAGUGGGGGACAUCAUCAAUUCUCUCAUUUGCAUGUGACUAAAUUGUGCAUACAUUUAUUUUGUGAAAAUUAAGCGAAACCUUGAAAUGUCAUAACUUUCUUAUUUUACAUCCGAUUUUGAUGAAAUUUUCAACAUUAUGCUUGUCUGAUUUUUCUCUAUUGAUUCAAAUCAACAUUUUUCUGAGGUGGACUUGACCUUUAAAUCUUAUGUAAAGUAAUGUGUGUCAACACUGUCAAGUAGGCCAAGUGUAUAUUCCUGUUCUCAGAUGAAAAUUAUAUCAAUUUUCAUGCUUUAAAUUUAGGCAAGAACACAUUUCUUUAUAGCAUAAACAGGGAAACUUGACAGGAUCAACAAACUAUUCUAAGGCCAAUUAGAAGAGUGUUAGUAUCAGUCAAAAUGACAUCCAUUGGAUUGGAUUGUUAUUCAAAUUGUGAAUUUCAAGGAAUAAAAAAUGUUUGAUAUAUCAAUGUAAAAAGUCAACACUGUGGCAAUAUUAAAUUGCAUACUAUAAUACAGGCGAGACUGUAAGGAGCAUUCUGCUUGUUGAUUUUUUUUUUUUAAUACACAAAUUAGCUGGUCAUUCUAUUUAUGGUUCUUUUUUCCCUCUGUGUUCCAUGAUAACCUUUUAUUCCUCUAGGAAUUACAAAUUCAAUCCUCUUUCCACACAUGUUACAUGUAUUGUGAAUGACAGUAAAUUUGUUAUGUCCUGUAUGAUGUGAUGGUAGCACAGUGGAGCAACACUCAAGCCAUCUAAGUUAGGGGGCUAUGACUAGCAAGCAGAAGUACCCACUUGACAGUUAUUUUUUAUUUUUAUUAUUGAGGCUUACAAUGUCUUUGAUCACACUUAUACUGGAAAAGGACUGUGCUGCUAUUGCAACCUUCCUUUUUAUUCCAAACCUUUGUGAGGUCUUACAUUUCAGGAGAGGUGCAAAACCAGCAGUGUAUAAGGCUCUGUUUUAUCUUGAUAAUUUUCUACCAUCUGCUUAAUCUGGAGAUUGGAAGAUUAAUUUUAAUCUUUAUUUUUGAUUUAUUAGAUAAAUGAUAGUUGUUUUGUGUUGGAACAUGUCCUGUACAUGUGAAUAUAAAGUGUCUGCAGCCUUUUGCAUUGUUAUUAUACAUUCACUGACUCACAGUGGUUUUUAGACACACACAUGGAGUGGGUAUUAACUGGGACAUUACUUUCAUGUCAAUGUUAUAAUACCAAUGGCUACUAUUCAAAUAUUCAAUGUUUAUGAGUGCAAUCGUUCUGAAUUAUACAUGUGCGAGUUUAAUAGACCGUUUCAACUUGUACCGAAUGUAAUAUUCGGAAUGUUGCACGAAUACAACAUUGAAUAUAUGUUUUUACAACACCGAUAGCCUCCAGUCUAGACCGUAUAGGAACCAAGAUGGACUAGAUCUAAUAGUCUAUAAUAGGUCUAGAUCUAGGACUUUAGGACUAUAUCUAGGUUUAAGUCUAGGACUAACGUUAGGUCUUAUUUUGCUUACCUGUUGAGAGUCAGUAGUAGAUUUAUUCCAGUACUUCCCAGUAGCCCAAAUUAAAGUAGAGUCAAGUCUAGUUCCAUAUCCAGGGAUGCAAAGACCAAGUCCUGUUGAUGAAUUAGGUUCUAGUUCCAUUAUAAAAUCCAAAGGAAAUCCAUUUCAAACUCGUAACUCAACAUUUUUCAAAUGGAACAAACUCUCGAUGUAGUCCAGUUUCCUUAAAUAUCCAAUUCCAGUAAUAGUCCACAUGAAAAUGAAAGUUGAAAUUAACAAAGUGUACUUGAAACGCUAAACAAUAACAGCUGAAUGUAUUUACAUAUAUAUGAUGUAUCAUGUUACACGUCCAUGAAAAUGGAAGUGCUGCACUGUGCUCUACUCAACGAGGCAUUAGCCAAGUUAAAUAGAGUGUCUCUUUCUUUCACUGAAUGCGAAAUCUCAAACCGUUGCACGAAUAUGUGUUGUACAACGCCUCGGAGUAACUCACAUCUUAGAUAUGUAAAUACAUUUAGCUGUUAUAGUUUAGCAUUUCAAGUACACUUUGUAAAUUUCAACUUUCAUUUUUAUGUGGACUAUUACUGGAAUUGGAUAUUUACAUAGUUUUUCUCUGCAGUAAUCUAUGAAAAGGGAGCAAAAAUAUUGAAAGCGAAAAGCAAAAUCCCACAAACUCUCGAAUGUAGUCCGAUCCUACAAACUCUCGAAUGUAGUCCAGUUUCCUUAAAUUUGAAACGCUAAACAAUAACAGCUGAAUGUAUUUACAUAUCUAUGAUGUAUCAUGUUACACGUUCAUGAAAAUGGAAGUGCUGCAAUGUGCUGUUUGAAGUUGUACAAUGCCUACUUAGAUUGUUGUAUGCGAGCAAAUGGGAGGCUGAAUUUCAAACAUUCGUACCUUUGCACACACGACGUACCAUCCAAAAUGUACCAUUGCACAGCUUUAGGACGUGACGUCAUAAUACGAUUUAAUUCAUUGCGCUCACUAAAAAAUGAAGGUGAAAUAGGCAUAUAGCCUGCUGGUUAAAUGCGCAAUGCUGCUCGAGGUCAUGUGCGCUUGUGGGAUUUUGUUUUUCGCUUUCAAUAUUUUUGCUCCCUUUUCAUAGAUUACUGCAGAGAAUAUUUUCAUAUUUUCGCUAAACUCCGCAUUGUACAACACAAGUAGCGAAUAUUCUUAUUUGUGCAACGGUGUGAGAUUUCGCAUUCAGUGAAAGAAAGAGACACUCUAUUCAACUCGGCUAACGCUGCGUUGAGUAGAGCAUCUUUCUUUCACCUCAUGCGAAAUCUCACACCAUCGCACUCAUGCCUAUUCGCUAUUUGUAUAAUGUAGAGCUAUGGAUGUUUACAUUAGAAUCUUGGAGUAUCACUUGUUGUUGAGACAACAAAAGAUUAGAGGCUGAUACACCAUCAGUUUGGAGAUCUAGCUAAAGAACUGUGAUGACCACUGAAGAAUCCUGGGCCGCAGGAAUAACAGUUACCUGUAGAUCGAGACCUCCCAAGUUGAAGAGAUAGAUCCGCGCUAGGCCUGGUCUGGUUCUCUUGUGGUUCUAUGACAUUUUCUUGCAUCCCAUAGGCUUGUCUGGUACUCUCUUCUUCUCUGCACUUGUGGUGGUAAAGUGUUUAGGGAAGACUCUGACUUGUGACCUGUGACAGCCAUUAUUUUGUGACUUUCGAAGCCCGCUUCAUCCCACACCAUCACAGUUGUAGCCCUUAACCUGUGGUUCAAGUAUUUCUGUGUACAUCCUGCAGCCUCGGCGAUCAAUUUCAUUUUUUUCCCUAUCGUAUUUAUCCCGAGUGGAAUAUUAUUGUACCACGGUCCUUCUGGAGCCUUAGAUUUGGGCCUCUGCCAAAAGCAUGUCUAUCCAGGGUUCAGAUGGCUCUUGUAUGCAAAUACUGAUGUCACUGGGCACCUGGGAGAGUUCUUAAUUUCAUACAUACAGCCGCCAAUUCCUCUUCUACAUUUUCUCUUCUUGAUUUAAAGUGUCGCAGCGUUCAAAGUAACGAAGACCGUUUUCAUUGGUGUUGAGAAGUCAGUGCUCUUUUGUCGUUUCUCGGAGAGAGUCAUGUCCUCUCUGCCUGAAAUAAGUCAUGAUGUCCAAGAAUACCUUGUUUUGAAGUCCCAAUGGAGUACUCACACCAACUGCGUUAGACUCUAAAAUCUUUUUCAUGUCUUAACUAUAAACGGCCGUCCCAGGGAGGGGGGCACUCACAUAUAUUGGUGGUACGGGGAAGUGCCGCUUUGAUGACCCCUUUUUCAGACCUAAUUUUCUAUUCCCUAGAUACUCCAAAUUACAAAAUUUUUGUUCAGAAGCCACCCGCACUGCUCACGAGACCCCCUGUUACGAAAAAUUUCAGUUCCCCAGCCCAGCCUAAAUUGUCCAGCGCAAGCAUCACAAAGCUAUGCUGCACGCAUGGCUUCAUAUUGGCUUCAUAUAUCACGCCGCUAGCAUGGCUGGCGCCCACAUGCUGCACAGCACUAGCACUACUAUUAUAGCGUGCUCCUUGUACCGCAAGCCCAUACUGUCGACCCUGUUUUUCACACCGCCCAGUAUAUUUUUAGUUCCCAAGACCUCGUAUUUUACCCUUGUGGUCAGUUCCUUAGACUCCCAUUUUAGGGUUUCGUGAGGCACACCCCCCAUCAAAAUAUAAUUUGAGUGCCCCCCCCCCCGCUUGUGCUUUACGAAGCCUUUACCUUCUUGAGUUUCACCAUCACAGGUUUGAAAUUUUUUUGGUGUUCCAGGAAUUAGUCAGGCUUUAAGAUGUCCACGUCUCCGUCUGAAAAUUUGCUGGAGUCCAUAUCUGAUUUGAAAUGACAGAUUUUUAUGUAUACAAUGUGCCAUCAUCUCGCAUCAACCCAGCAAAGAAACGACUGAGGAAUUGGUCUAGACCUGGAUCCCCUAGCUCAAUCAACGUCCAUGUACACUUUGCAAAUGCUUCCAAUUGACCCAAGGCAUAUUUGAUCAUCUUCUUAGUGUUCGCUGUUUCACUGUCAGCAAUUUCUUUAGAUCCUCGUCAGAAUCGAAAACAAAAGUUUGGGGUAGCCAUGAUCCAGUCCUACUAUAGAUCUAGGUCUAGUCAAUGAGAGCUAAACUAAGGCCCACUACAGUGAGCGCAUCUAGGAAGCCGUAUACCCUGGGACUUAUUAGCUUAGCAACGGAUGUACGCACAUUGUGUUUAGCUUAGCAACGUACAUAUAUGCUUGUAUGCAGCUAAUUCACUUAAAGUGUAAGGGUCCAAGGGUUUAGUGUGCCCUUGGAUCUUGCACUUCUGGCACAUUUAAUUGAGCGUGCAAUAGUCGACUAUUGCUCGGCUAUCAUGUCUUAGCAUGCUAUAGCUGAUUCCUCUAAAUGUCAUGUGACAUGCAUUUAUCCAAUCAGCUGUCGGGAUCUGUGUAUGUGUGGUAUAAAAUAUAUGCAAUCAGUCAGUAUAGUAUAAUGUAUGCUUACUGUUCCUAACACUGCAUUUUUUUAAUAUGAUAAGAAGAAAUGACAACAGAUUCUGUACAUUCCACUGUGUAGAAAGACUUUUUGUAUAAAACUUAGAAACUUAUUAGCUGAUAAUAAAAUCUAAAUUGCACAGAAUAAUUCCUGUCUUUUGUACUUGUAUACAUAAGUCUGUAUCAUAAUAAAAAAUAAAAUUGAAAUACUAUUUCCCUUUCUUUGUGUUUUGCUUUAAUUUUUUUUCUAAUCCUUUGUAUUAAGUGGUGUGAAGUAUAUUUGCAACUUCUGGAGAUAAAACUCAGCAACAUUUCAUUCUCUUCAGUCUUCAUGUUUGUUAAUUAUAUUGAUAAUUCAUAUAACACCAAAUUACCAUCUAUGUGGAUGUGUGACUUAGUAAGCAACUAGGUACAUGGAACUUUGAGUGAAAUCAUUGCUGAUCAUAUAACUAUGUUUUGUGGGUUUUUCUAAGGGUAUUUACAAUGUGCAAUCAGCUUUUACAUAACAUCAAGUAACUGAGAUGCCUGCAACUGCCACAAACAUCACAAUUUUUAAAUCUGUGCAUGUUUUUUUAUGCAAUGGGUCAGUAGUAUGAUCAUGAGUGGUAAUUUUUUUUGUAAAACCCCUCUAAAAUCUCCAGGAGGGCUCGGGUGACUAGGAAACUAUAUCUGCUUCCUAUAUGACAUCACAAGCAUUUUCAGUAUGAUUCCUGCCUGAGUAAAUGCAUUAAAAUCCUUGACAUAUUCUUCUUAAUGAAUUUCAUGGCAUCUCAUUUAUUAUGUACCAGAGAGACAAUGUGGUGGAUCCAAAAAAUUUAUGACUGGAGGGUUAUGAAGAAUUAAAGCAUACUGUAUGCACUUACUGUUGGUCACAUCCUUAAUUCUGUUUAAUAAUUAUACUUGUUGAUGUAGCAUCUUAUGCUAUUAUGCAGUUUCAUUUCACCUAGAAUAGAAAUCAAUAAAACAAUUCCGCUAUGCCAUUCAGAA